AUGGCCUCAAUAUGGACGAAGCAUGGCAAUAAGGAGCUUGGAAACGUUCUGCUUCGCGAUGAUAACUCAGUCUGCAUAAUCGAUGGGAACGACGCCAUGCUCGACUUUGAUCCGAAUUCUAUGCGCGACCCUGUUUGGGGCAACUCACCAGUCUUCACGGACGGUAGCAUGGUGCUAGUAUUGCAUGGUUCCUGUUCCUACAAUAGCCUGAUUCUAAACCGUACUCCAAUAUCUCGAGUUCCAUGACAGUGUCAUCUGGCUCCUCCUAA